AUGCAUGUGACACACUUUUUUUCCAGUAGGAUAACAAUUAAUGUUCCAAUGAACCCCAAUGAAGGUAGCACGUUCCAAGUUCCUGAUAUCUCUACCAGGAGUGGCAAUUGCUUUUCGGAUUGCCCAGAUUCCAGUAUCAGAAACAACGGCAUUGAGGAUGAGAAGGAGGCCUGGCACAGCUCUGCCAACCCCAGAACCACCAUCCUACUCUCAUUGCUCUACUUGGCUCUCCUAACUUUCUUUGGCAGUGCAGUUUUGUUGGCAGAGAUGCAUCGCCACAGCCAACAGACUCACAACGUACACGGUUUUCUCACCGUAUUGAUGUUAACUUCUUCAGCUUGGAUGCUUUGGUUCGGGUGGACAUCUGCGAAAAGUAAAAAGAUGAAGAUGCACCAGGAUCACCAAGCUGGAGCCAGCUGGUUGAAGGGUGGACUGUGCCUCUUUGCUUUAGCCACACUGGUACUAGACUGUUUAACACUUGGAUAUUACCAUGAGCUGCAUCAUUGCACAUCCAUAGUGGUCACUUCAUUUCCUAUAGUCCAGGCCGUAUUCACAGUCAUACAGGUCUCUCUGCUUUCAUUUUAUGCUAAAGUAUGCAUUCAGGAAAAACAGUCCCUGAACAGGUUCGGUCUGAUGCAUACACUUGCUACAAAUAUAUUAAUGUGGAUGAGUGUUGUCCUUGAUGAGUCCAUGAAACAGCUGGAAGAAAUUUAUGACAUACAAAAAAAGAAGAUGAAUAUCAUUGAAACUCCUGGGCAGCACACAAACAGCUGUGUCUGUACUACAGACCUCUGCCAUAUAUUCUCUGAAGGAGCCGCUUACCUACACCCAUUCAAUAUUGAGUUUAGCCUGUUCUCCUCAACAAUGCUGUACGUUAUUUGGAAGAACACAGGAAAGACAGCCCAUAUUUCAGCGGUUUCAGGACAUACUAAGGGCACACUUCACAUAAAUGGAGCUUUUGUCGGGUUGAUCUUGGGAGCCUUUGCUAUUUCGGCAACAUUUGGAGUCAUGAUUUCUUUUGGCGUCCUUGCCAAGUCCCCAACAACAGUUCCAGAAGCACUGCGCAUCUAUUAUCUGUUUAACUCUGUACUCCUGUCUGUAAUGUUCAUCGCUUCUAUGAUUGGCAUUGUCACCUGCAGACUUCAGAGAGGGUUUCUGUUUGAUGACAAGUCCAAGAGCGUGGUAAGAAGUCUUGACAUUACGCUUCUUAUGGGAAGUUCAUGUGGUCCAUUACUGGUAUCCGUGUUCUCCUUAGUGGCACUCUUCUUCCUGCACAUAGAAGGGAACCUCUACAUCCUGGAUCUCUGCUUUUCUCUAUGUAAAACCAUCCAGGUGCUUGGUCAGAAUCUUUUUAUUACCGAGGCACUUUACUCUGAGCCAGCACAAACUAAAUCCACAAUAAGUGAUGACAAGGUCUUCUUCAUAUCCCAAAAUACAGAGAUUGAAAGCACACAAUGUGGAAUAAGCAAUGUGUCCAAAGUGUGUGGCCACAAGCUGUCUUUUUCAGAGAAUGAAGCAAGCCCAAGAAGCUCUAAAGUUAUGGCAGACCUAUGUACAGACACCCCCAAGAAUUUCCUGUCUAGAAGCAUUGCGACAGACACUUCUCACACCAGACAAAUAGUAAAAGAAGAGGGGAAGGAGUGCUUUUUCAGAACAAGAAGAAGGAUUCUCCAAAACAUCUCAAUUCUUUUAAUCUGUUACAAUAUAUCGGUCUGGAUCCUCUAUGCCUAUGGUACCCGUCCACACUUGGUCAGCCAGAUUGAACAGUCCUUUUAUGGGUUCACUCUCUGGGUGAUCGUGGUAAAGAUCUCUCUUCCACUUGGGAUCUUCUAUCGCAUGCAUUCCGUGGCCAGUUUAUUUGAAGCAUAUUGUAAUAUAUGUGACGCAGCUGCCUACUGAACAAUCUGGUCCAACCUUUCUCCAGCCUUGUCAUUCCUGUCA